UCACUAAAUAUAACCAGUAAUACAAGCCAAAGGCAGGCAGCCAUGAAAACAAAAUCUCAAGAUCUUCCUCGAAAUUUCCGCGAAACCUCUCAACCAUUUCUCUUUUUUCUUUCAUUUUUUCCCGCUUUCCCUUUUGGCUUUCAUCUUUGGUUUCUUUAAUUUUUCCUCUUUUUAAUCUUCCCGUUAGGAAUUUGGGAGUUCAAAUUUGAACUGAAAAAUCAGAUCUAAAGAUACCCAAUACAGUAAUUGAGAGGAAUUUCAUGGAAAGACCCAGUGGAGAGAAACGUAGACUUGAUGUUAGCAGUAGUGAAGAAGGUCAACCUGAUAGAAAAAGACCAGCUCUUGCCAGUGUUAUUGUUGAAGCGCUCAAGGUGGACAGUCUGCAGAAACUCUGCUCAUCACUGGAGCCAAUUCUUCGGAGAGUUGUUAGUGAAGAAGUGGAGCGGGCUUUGGCAAAACUUGGCCCUACUAAACUUAAUGCAAGGGUUUCUCCAAAAAGAAUUGAAGGGCCAAAUGGGAGAAAUUUGCAGCUUCAGUUCAGGUCUAAAUUGUCACUGCCUCUCUUUACAGGAGGGAAAGUAGAAGGAGAACAGGGUUCUGCUAUCCAUAUUGUCUUGCUUAAUGGAAAUACAGGCCAUGUUGUAACAGUCGGCCCAGAGUCGUCUGUUAAACUAGAUGUUGUUGUGCUUGGAGGAGAUUUUAAUAAUGAGGACGAAGAUGGAUGGACUGAAGAAGAAUUUGAGUCUCACAUUGUGAAGGAGCGUGAUGGGAAAAGGCCGCUUCUUACAGGAGACUUGCAAGUGAUAUUGAAGGAAGGUGUAGGUAGUCUUGGUGAGUUUACAUUUACUGACAACUCUAGCUGGAUUAGAAGCAGAAAGUUCAGGCUAGGCUUAAAAGUUGUAUCAGGUUCUCGAGAGGGAAUUCAUAUUCGAGAGGCAAAAACAGAAGCCUUCAGUGUGAAGGAUCAUCGAGGAGAAUUGUACAAGAAACAUUAUCCACCUGCAUUAAACGAUGAUGUUUGGAGAUUGGAAAAGAUAGGAAAAGAUGGAUCCUUCCACAAGAGGCUAAAUAAAGCUGGCAUAUAUACGGUGGAAGACUUUCUACGGCUCAUCGUGAGAGACUCUCAGAGGCUCCGAAAUAUCCUGGGAAGUGGAAUGUCAAAUAAGAUGUGGGAUGCUCUUGUGGAGCAUGCUAAGACCUGUGUUCUUAGUGGGAAGCUCUAUGUCUAUUAUCCUGAUGAUAUGAAGAGUGUCGGGGUUGUUUUUAGCAAUAUUUAUGAGUUGUGUGGUUUAAUCUCUGGUGGACAGUAUCAUUCAGUUGAUUCUCUUUCAGAGGAUCAAAAGGAAUAUGUGGACAGCUUAGUCAAGAAGGCAUAUGACAACUGGAUGCAUGUUGUUGAAUAUGAUGGCAAAUCUCUUUUAAGCCUUAAUCAGAAUAAAACCUCAGAUGCUCCUCAGUAUGAUCCUUCAACUGGUUCUCAGAACCAUCCUAAUUCAUUUGAUCAUCAACUCAAUCUGCCAAGUCUUCCUGCUUCAACUUCAUCAGAGCAGCCUCCUAUGAAUUCAGGAUUGAACAUGGGAUUGGAAGGGUAUAACGAUAGUCUAAUGGGUACAUAUACCACAGAGUCUCAGAACACAAAUGUUAGUGUCAAUGAACAGUUAAGUGGUGCUUCAUUUUCUCAAAACCACUUUGUAGGCAUGUCGCAACAAGCUCAGCAACCUGGAAGUGAGAGUAGACUGGCCCUUCACCCACCACAGCCAUCAUUUUCUAGCUUUUUUGCUGCUAGCACUCCUAAUUCAUCCUAUAAAGGAACUGAUGACUUCUUCACAGAGGAAGAGAUACGCACCAGAAGUCAUGAAAUGUUAGAGAAUGACGACAUGCAACAUCUUCUCCAUAUAUUCAACAUGGGUGGCCAGCAUCAUGCUUCUUCUAGUACCUCAGAAGAUAAUAAUUACCCAUAUGGAUCACCAUACAUGCCCAGUAUGUCUUCAAGCUUUGGUAUUGAUGAGGACCGUACACGUUCAGGAAAGGCUGUCGUUGGGUGGCUCAAACUGAAAGCAGCAUUGAGAUGGGGCAUCUUCAUCAGGAAGAAAGCUGCUGAGAAAAGAGCACAGAUUGUUGAAUUGGAUGACCCCUAGAUUUGAUUUUACACUUCUCAAUCCACUUGGAGGCCGAAGUCACUUCAAAUUCGAUAAAUUCAUUUCCUUGUAAAGUAUGCUUGCAAUGUGAUGUUUGGGCUUCCUCUGAUGAACACUGUCACUCGCUAAUGGAGUUUGGUCGUCUAGCCAUGAAUACACAUCUGGUGCUAGUUUAGGCUCAAUUCAGCAUCUGGAAGUGUUCUGAUAUUUUCUCACCACAUGAUUUGCAUUUUGAAGAUAUUGUCAUUCUUGCUCCUGGCUGAUAGAGACUUCCCAUGAAUAAACCCACGUUGAAAAAGACAUCAGCUACCCCUGGGAGAGAUGCAAGUAACUUCAGUUCUCUCAAGUCAAGAUGUUUGUUAGCUGCUAGUUUACUUUCUUAUUAAUGUUGACUAGUGUUGUAAUUCCCCUAGUGUUUUCUUCUAAACCAGUUUCAAUCAAAGAAAAUCCUAUGUUUACUCUAUAAAACAAUUGUAUAUGGAACUGAUAAAAAUAGGAUAUUUGGUGCUUUAAGCACUUCUUGUUCAA